AUGAUGGACUCUGAUGCUUCAUCGGACGAGGGGUAUGGACCGACCGAGCUUGAUCGAAUGAUUCAAGAUGAGUUCUUCGAUUCCUCGGAUUUGGACGAAGAAGUGGACAUGAUCAUGCUCGUGAGCAUGAGGAAAUGGACCGGGAGUGGAGGCACAAAUGACUACUUCAAGCUCGCAAGGAAUUGCUGCGGACAACUCUCUUUCUCUGCCAAGCAGAAGUGCGCGACUGCUCAGAGGAUGCUUGCACUCGGUACUGCUGCAGAUGUCGUUGGUGAGAUGGUCAGGAUGGGGGAGAGCACAUGCCUGAAGAUUACUUUCAAGCUUGCCCGCACCAUGGUGGGGGUGUUUGGACCUGAGUAUCUCAGAGAACCAAAUGCGCAGGACACAGAGAAGUUGGCUAUUGGAGAGGCAAGGGGGUUUCCAGGAAUGCUCGGAUCAAUUGAUUGCAUGCAUUGGCAAUGGAAGAACUGCCCCAAAGGUUUGCAGGGAUGUAUCAAGGUCACACCAAAGAGGUCACCAUCAUACUAG